AUCCUGGGAGAGGAGGGGAGGUACUGGGAGAGCUCUCAGUGGGAGGAUCCUGCUAGAGGAGGGGAGGUAGUUGCAGCUCUCAGUGGGACGAUCCUGCUCGCCUUUCCAGUUCUUCUUCCAUCCUCGAUCAAUUACACCAUACUGCAGCAAGUGAGUGCGUGUUACCAUCCAGAGGAACAUCAAGUGGGAAGUUAGCAUCUCCUAAACGCACAUUCGUUGUCGGAAGAAAGUGAUGGCCGCCAUUCGGAAGAAGCUGGUGAUUGUCGGGGAUGGAGCGUGUGGUAAGACCUGCCUGCUCAUCGUGUUCAGUAAAGACCAGUUCCCCGAAGUCUACGUACCCACCGUGUUUGAGAACUACAUCGCUGACAUCGAAGUGGACGGAAAACAGGUGGAGCUGGCUCUAUGGGACACUGCGGGCCAAGAGGACUACGACAGACUGAGGCCGCUCUCCUACCCCGACACAGACGUCAUCCUCAUGUGCUUUUCCAUCGACAGCCCCGACAGUCUAGAGAAUAUCCCUGAAAAGUGGACCCCUGAGGUGAAGCACUUCUGUCCCAACGUGCCCAUCAUCCUGGUGGGCAACAAGAAGGACCUGCGCAACGACGAGCACACGCGGCGAGAACUAGCCAAGAUGAAACAGGAGCCGGUUAAGCCAGACGAAGGGAGAGAGAUGGCGAACCGGAUCAACGCCUUCGGCUACCUCGAGUGUUCUGCCAAGACCAAGGACGGCGUGCGGGAGGUGUUUGAGAUGGCCACUAGGGCGGCGCUGCAAGUUCGCAAACGCAAGAAGAGCGGCUGCCUGCUGCUGUGAUCAUGUAGCUAGGCUAGGCUAGGCUAGACUGGGCUUAUAGAUGGAAGUCAAGUGACCCAAGAAAACAUCCUGAGAACCACGUGGACUGACCUUACAGAUUGCAUCCUUGUACCGUAUCUCCCAUUUCACAGUGUCAGGUCGGGUGAAAGGGAGAAGAGCAGUGCUGACCAAUACCACGGACGUUGUUUAUAGCAUCAGUUAGAAGUGAAAAUUCUGGACUUUGUUUUUCCUUCCUUUUAUAGCACAAGCUGUCUCUCCAUGUAUUUCUUUUGCUUUGCCAUUUUGAAAAUGCAACACAAAUGUCCACAUUUGUAUGCUAAAAUUGUUUUCCAUGUGCAUUUAUCCUUGCUUGCUGAAGAUGCAUAUAUCUGUACACGCGCUCACGCUCUCCAGAUUUCGUUUUUAUAAUCCGAAAUCUAUUUUCAAGAUUGGUAUUAUUUUUAUAUUUUUUUAUAAAAUAUAAAAAUAAUACUAAUCUUGAAAAUAGGAGUGUAAAGUAGGUGUGGUCCGAGGAGGGAGCCUACUGAAGACACCUUCUUGGCUUUGCCGGUGCCUUUUUCAUUAUUCUUUUUGUUAUAUUUUGUAUCCAUAGCAACAACGGCUCAUUAUAUUAUGUCACAAAUUCCAACUACAAAGACCAAGAAUCUUCCUUGUUUCAGUUGAAGACCUGCGUUUCCUGGUGCUGAAAGUCACCAGGAGUGGCCUUCUACACCCUGGUUUACUGUCAGGUCCCUAACCCUUAUAGCCCCCCAGUGUACCCUGGUUUACUGUCAGGUCCCUAACCCUUAUAGCUCCCCCAGUGGAGCUCUGCCCCAUUACUCGCUUUUAAACUUGCACUAAAAGCUACAACUGUGGGCCCCCCAUUUGAAACAUAUUCUUUACAAGGAUGUGUUUAUAAAGAAUUUGAAAUGAAACAACAUUCCAAAGCUGUCUCGGAGGGAGUCGGUGUGUCACAGGUGUGUGUGUGACUUGUGUGUGUGUUUGUGUUAGUGACUGUUUGUGAGCGAUUGUAUGUGCGUGUGCACCAAUGCAGGAACAGAUUUGGGAUAGAGCCUCCAGAUGCAUGCAAGAAAGACAAAGUAUUUGGAGUUUUACAAGAUGUUUCAAUCAUUUAAGCACAUUUUAAGAGAUUUUUACAUUUGAAGUAUUUGUCUCUUAAUAUUUAAAUCCUGCUAUUACAAUGUAUUGUGCAAUGACCACCAAACAUGGACUUUGUUUGUUUUUAAGGAAAGAUGAUUGUUGUGGGAUUCAAGGGAUCAUUGAUUAUUGUCAUUAUUAAAAGAAACACUGAGCAGAAUUGAGACCUGGACACUGAAUUAAAGGAGGGAUGGAGAACGUUAAAUAUCCUCUGACUGACCAACAUUAAAACCCAAUGUGGUCCAUGAGGCCUGAAUCAAUCAGGUGUAAUGGAAGUUUUGAACACAGGUGUACCUCAUGAUGUCAAUAAUGGACACUGGCUUACAGGCCAAUAAUUAGCCAAAUUAGCUUCAUUAGUGAGUUCUUCCCCCUAUUCCACCUCUGUGAUGACGGCCUAUUAGGAGGCUUAAUGUCAGGAUGCAGGCCACUCAGUUAAGAAAUACGGUUUAUGUAUGUACACACAAUGAAUGAAUAAAAUUGUAUAUAAAUACAUAGCAAUACAAGCAAGUUUCUUCAGAAGCAGGGCGUAGUACAACUGGUCUAUAAAUGAAAGGUUUACAUGCUCACAUGCAUCAAUAGUUGUUAUUAUCUGUGAAGUAAUGGUGUACUCUCAGGUGUCACAUCUUGUUUAACUGGUCGUCGUGACUGAUUCCUUCUUGAUUAUUUUCUCUGAAGAGCGUGUUCUCCCAGUCCAGAGCCCUUCACUUCAGACUCUGGUUCGCUGUGCCUUUAGCUGAGCCUGUGGAUUUCUAAGCGCCUGUCUCUUUUGGGUUAACCAGAGCAAACAUCUUCGACAAGGUUUAAAAGUGUGUGGGUGGAUGUGUGUGGGGCCUUCAACAGACAUGAUGUAGCAGAUAUAUGGUAUCGGUUCCUCUCCGAUACACCCAGAUGCAUAUUGAGAAUGUUAUUGAGCAAAAUGUGGAAAACACACAGGGGAACAACUCUGCAUUUUCUACUUUCUUUAGGUUCACUUGAAAAAUAUGAAUGUCUUCUAAUGUUUUUAAUACUUGAUUUGCUUAGAUAUUGUGAAUAGGGGAUACAAUCAUUUUUAUUCAUA